AACCAGGAAACUUGGACUGUUCACAGUCCAACUCCUGGAGCAAGGUGGUGUUUGUCAAGCUGCAGUCAGAGCUUACCUCACAGUGUCCUCCUUCCAUCCUAGUUUGUAGCCCAGCUGCUGGGUUUCCUGAUCAGUGUGGUCAGCUCCAUAUUCUGUGGCCAUCUGGGGAAAGCUGAGCUGGAUGCUGUGACGCUGGCUGUGUCUGUUAUCAACGUGACGGGCAUCUCCAUUGGUUCUGGUUUAGCCUCAGCAUGCGACACGCUGAUGUCCCAGACCUAUGGCGGCAAGAACCUGAAGCAGGUGGGCACUAUCCUGCAGCGGGGGAUCCUUAUCUUGCUGCUGUGCUGCUUCCCGUGCUGGGCAAUCUUCAUCAACACUGAGCGCAUCCUCCUGCUCAUCCGACAGGACCCCGAGGUCUCCAGGUUAACACAGGUCUAUGUGAUGAUCUUUAUCCCAGCUCUUCCAGCGGCAUUUCUGUACCAGCUGCAGACAAGAUAUUUGCAAAGUCAGGCGAUCAUUUUGCCCCAGGUGAUCACGGGCAUGGCAGCCAACAUCCUCAACGUGGCCAUGAACGCCAUCUUCCUGUACGCGCUGAAGCUGGGCAUGGUAGGAUCUGCCUGGGCCAACACCAUUUCUCAGUACACACAGGCCAUUCUUCUCUUCCUUUAUGUGCGGUGGAAGAAGAUCCAUGUGGAGACCUGGGGAGGCUGGAGCAUGGACUGCCUCCAGGAGUGGGGUUCCUUUAUCCGUCUGGCUGUGCCCAGUAUGCUCAUGAUGUGUAUUGAGUGGUGGACCUUUGAGAUCGGGAGCUUCCUGGCAGGGCUGCUCAGCGUGGUGGAGCUGGGCGCGCAGUCUGUGAUCUACGAGCUCUCCUGCGCGGCCUACAUGGUGCCGCUGGGCUUCAGCGUGGCCACGAGCGUCCGAGUGGGCAAUGCCUUGGGAUCAGGGGAUGCGGUGCAAGCCAAGACCUCCUGCAUCACUGCUCUGCUGUGCUCAGGGGUGUUUGCUGUAGUGGUUGCAACAUUACUGGGAGUCCUGAAGGAUACUGUGGGCUACAUCUUCACCAGUGACAAGGAGAUCGUUACCUUGGUGUCCAAAGUGAUGAUGAUCUUUGCUCCGUUCCACUUGUUCGAUGCCGCAGCAGCGACGUGUGGCGGCGUGCUGAGGGGCGCAGGGAAGCAGAAGCUGGGUGCCAUCGCCAACGCUAUCGGCUAUUACGCCAUCGGCCUGCCCAUCGGCAUCUCGCUGAUGUUUGCGGCUAAGAUGGGGGUGCUGGGUCUCUGGGUGGGGAUGAUCAUUUGUAUAUCUUUGCAAGCCCUUUCCUUCUCAACCUUUGUCAUGCGCAUGGACUGGAAGAAAGCUGCAGAAGAGGCUCAAAUCCGAGCUGGACUGAAAAAACAACUGGAAGAUGUGAACUCCAAUGGCACAGCUGCUAACAAAACAUCUGCUCUGGAUUACGUCCCUGUCGAUGCCAACGCUGUGGACACCGUGGUCUUGCCUGACAACAUCGUGGUUGCUGAGAAGCAGCCCGAUCACCAGCUCGUGGUGCAGGAGGCGCCGGCCGCUCCUGCGCCGGGGAGAGCCCUCAUCCUCCGCCGGCUGCUGGUGGCUGCUGCGGCCGUCGCUGUCCUGCUCACGGGCUUGCUGAUCCGGCUCCUGACCGGCAACUGA